AUGUCUGAACUCUGGGAUUCCGGGCCUGGAUUAGAUGGUGUUCGGCCUAUCUGGCCAUUUAGAGUCAGGACUUGUGGCCGUUGUCUGCAACCCAGGCUGAUAAAGGAUGCAGAAUUGAUUGUCUCUACUUAUUCGGCACUAAGGCCCGCUUUGCCUUUCGCGAUCCUGACACAGGGGUUGAAUUAUAUUCCAUCCACGGUAAUCCCGCAGAAGCCACCACCCCCUCAUCUGGAACUGGUCAAAUACUACUUCCGGCCUCAGUUCGAAGCACUUCAAUCCGAGUUCCAUGAUAUAAAGGCUUUAGGUGCUGCUGCGGUCGCCGAAUGGUAUAAAGGCCUCGAGACUCUGGGUCAUCGAAGUAACACCGACGCUGCGCGCUUUGAGCAAUGGGAACUCCAAGGUGGAUAUUCCAGGUUGCCAAUUGCCAGAAGCCCCAGCGGAAACGGUGUCGGUACUUCGUUGAUGAGUCUUACGAAUCAUGCAGACCCUAUGCAAACAUUCGACAACGUGCAACAACCAUCUGUGCAUUCUGCCGACGGAACACCCUCUUCUGGCAAUGUGGUUUCAGGACUCUCCACUCCCGGCACCCUCGAAGGACAGCAGCCCCUCACAUCUAUCGGCCCUCUUGGUCCUUCAUCGCCAUCUGGCCAAAUUCCAGGGCGUCCCCCGCGCCAAAAGACUGAACGUAGUCUGAAAGAGGCAACAAAGACAAGGGCUGAACGCCGCAAAGAUAUUGAGAGACGCUGCCUUGCCCUCGAACCCCCAAUAAUGCCGUCAACGUUGGUGCAUAUGGAUGCGUUUCAGGCGGCGAUCUUGAUUUCACGCCCACUCGACGAUAAGGCCUGGGAGAUAUUGAAACCGCGUCUUCUUGCACAACGUGCAGAGGCUGAACAUCGAGAGAGCAAAAUUUCACUCAGCGAUCCUACGAUACAACUCCAAAAGCGCCAGCAACUGGAGGAAGAGCAGCGCGUGGCACAGGCAAAUGCAAGCCACAUGUGGAUCGAACUGAAGGUCCCUCCAAGAGAUAAAUUACAGAAAUAUGCGCAAGAUUUUAUACAUCUGACAUGGUCGGAUGGUACUGCGGUGACCAAGGCAACUGCAAGCAAGUUCGCUGCGGAGGUUCUUUGUCAUGUGCGACAGCGCUUCGACGAGGUGGUUGCUCAAGAAGAUCGAAUGCUCCAGCUCAAAGGAACCGCCUUUCCCCAAGACGAGGCGUCCCUUGCCUGCAGGAAAUUAAAACUUGAGGACAUGAAAUGGGUCUAUGAAGAAUUUGUGAAGCCUCACGCGGAAAGAUUCGGAAAAGAACUUUUUCUCUGCCACGUGUGUGAUACCACACAAAAGCUCUUCGCAUUCGAAGCAGUCAUCCAGCACUUUGCUGCGAAGCAUACGAGCUCUCUUAGUAGCGGCAACAGCAUCGUGUACUGGAAAGCCGAAUGGCCCUUGGAACCCCCCUUCGAUCCACAUCCGAACAUUCCCUGGGCUCUCCAGGCUGCAGGAAGCAUGGCUAGCACACAACCACCUCAGCAAGCUCGCCUGGGUUUGCCUCCUCGCGGCCCGCCAUCAUCGGUUGAGGGCGGGCUUGGAGGUCCAUACAAUGUCCCGCAGCCUAUUUCAUCAUCACAGUGGUUUGCCGACCCAUUACAACAUGUUGAUCCGAACAGUUCUUCUAGUGUUUUGAGAACGGACUCGCCCAAUACCGGGCGUCUCCCUCCAAGGCUUGAAAAAGGACGUCUCCGUGGUAGCGUCGCCGGCUCUUCGAUUGCCAGAUCUGAGACCUCCGGAUAUACCAAUGAAGAUGAAUACGGGCCUCGUUAUCAGCCCUAUAAAUUUGCCCGCCCGAACGCUCCUAUCGUUCAAUACUACCAAGGGUCACAUGCUGGCGCUAAAAUUGGCGACGAGAUGGAUAGGAGUCAUUCAGGCAAAUCCGCACCUCGACGUGAAGAACACCCUCAUCUUUUCGAGACCGAACGUGGCUGGGAAGCCUGGAAGCGACCAGGGCCGAUUUCCCACGGCUCCAUGAUAUAUUCGUACGGAGACAGCUCUUCGAGGUUCUCGUACGGAGAAUCUGUACAAAGAGAUGGCGGGACCUCGGUCGACGGAACAUCUGAGACUGGUGGUAGCAAGACUACCAGCCACAUCUCUUUGCGGCGGGAAUUGGCUUCGGAGUCAAGAGCGCCAACCAGCGACCUCGAGUCAUCGAGAGAGGAAGCCCAUCAAGCCGCCACCCAUGCAGCCGUAGAGAAUUUUCUCAACAACUUCAGUCCUCUGGUUGGUGAUGCGGGCACGGAUAGUGCGAGAGGCGUUGGCACGAUAACGCGCCCGACUGACUUGGAGCAACCACACAGUAUACCGGGACUGCAUCCGAUUGAUGCGUAUCCUCAGCAGGGUGAGACCUGGGAGAGCUUGGGCAACCGCACCGGGGGCCAUAUCUCUCCUCCUACUCGACAAAGACCUGCUCCACCCCUAAGAGAGCUUGAACGACCGCCUGUGUGGGCUGACAACCCUCCAGCACAGCUCCGCUAUAGCCCUUCGAUGCCACCAGAUCGUGACCCUGAGAUUACUCGGGAGCUGGCUUAUGAUGAUAGAUACAGGGAGCUUCCCGGACGAGCACUCCAAGCCCGCUACGACCGCCAAUUUGAAGAUAUGCGGGAUCUCGUCCCCGCAUAUCCAGUGCCUCCUUACGAACCUCAGUAUUUCUACGGUCACGACGGAAGACGAUAUGUAGAAGUAAGGGAACAGAAUGCGGAGAGGUAUGCACCUCGAGCCGACGACUUUCCUGAACGAUAUCACAACCCCACGGAUAGUUCUGGCUCGCGUUAUUUGGACAGCAGGCGAUACAUUCCAGAACGACAACUUGAACACGACAAUCGUAUGCAUGGUCCAUUGAGAGAAUACGAACUUGGCGAUAACGAUUACCGCUCUGCUCAGAAUAUGGGACCGUCGUGGGGGUAUGAUAGCCGCCACCCUCACGAGCAGGCUACUCUUGAGCCACAUCCACGGAGUGCAAGAACCAACACUCGAGAGACCACAUAUGAGCCGAUCGAGCAACCAAUGAGAUACACGCCGCGAUCCUUUGGCGCAGAGCGCCCUGGUGAAUGA